AGAAAGCCCUUUUGGAAGCAGAGGUCAUCAAGGCACGGGGGAACGAGGAGUACAAGCGGGGUGACUAUAACGCAGCUCUGGAGAGCUACAGUAACGCGCUGGCAGCAGCGCCAGGGGUCGAGCACGAGGAGGCAAAGGAGGCUCGAGCGAUCUAUCAUGCCAACAGAGCCAUGUGCCACCUGCAGCUGAAGGAUUACGACGCAUGUGUGAAGGAGAGCACAGCAGCCAUGGAUCUGAAGCCGGACUAUCUCAAGGCGAUCAUGCGGCGGGCCCAGGCGUGGGAGAAGCUGGACAAGCUGGAAGAAGCACUGGGAGGCAAGUUGAAGGACCUUGGGAACUCCGUUCUGGGGCACUUUGGAAUGAGCAUUGACAAUUUCAAGGCGGUGAAGGAUCCAAACACUGGCUCCUACUCCAUUUCGUACCAGAGCUAGAACGUCUCCAAUAGUGUAGCUA